UACGCUUUAGCAAGUCAUGUGACUCACAUGUGCCGACUAAUUUCAGAACAUGACGCAAGGCAUUUAUCGUCUGAUCAGGCAGAUAUAAAUGCCAAACAAACUCUUGAAAACUGUAUAAAUAAAAAACAAUUAGAAUUAUUAUACUCGAUACAUAGCUACAAUAGCAACUUGUCAGUGUAUUUUGCGGUGGAUUAAUUGUAUGUUUGAUUUCAACGUUAUUAUAAUUGUACUGUAUAGUGUAUACAAGUUAUUGAGGAUGUCAUCCAGCCUGCUACUGAUGUUGCCACUAUUAGGCUUACUAAGCUUAAGUGUGUCUGCUGCACCACAGAAUGACCUUGUGGUGACCUUGCCUGGGCUUGACAAGCAGCCGCCAUGGAAACACUACUCAGGGUAUCUGAAGGCAUCUGGUACCAAGCAGCUGCAUUACUGGUUUAUAGAAUCCGCCAACAAGCCGUCGUCAGACCCACUGGUUCUGUGGAUGAACGGUGGACCUGGCUGCAGUUCUGACCUUGGCCUACUCACCGAACAUGGGCCUUUCAGGAUUUCAAAGACUGGUGGUGGAGUUUCCAUCAACAAGUAUAGCUGGAACAAUGUUGCCAACAUGCUGUAUCUGGAGGCACCGGCUGGUGUGGGGUAUUCAUUCUCAGAGGACAAGAACUAUACAACCAACGACGAUGAGGUCGCAAAUGACAACUACCUGGCUUUGACCUCAUUCUUCAGCAAGUUCCCAGAGUACAAAUCAAACGCAUUCUUCAUCACAGGAGAGAGUUACGCGGGCAUCUAUGUGCCCACCCUUUCUGCAAAGGUCCUGCAAGACCCCAGCAUGAACUUCAAGGGAAUGGCCAUUGGCAAUGGAAUCUCUAAUUUCACCACCAAUGAUAAUUCGCUGCUGUAUUUCGGGUACUACCAUGGACUCAUUGGUGAAGAUCUAUGGAACAAGAUGUUGAGUGACUGCUGCCCAGGCCAGUCGGUCCGCCAGUGCCACUUUGUGAACGGCUACACAUCUAAUGGCGCUUGCUCAGAUGUUGUUGGACAGGCUCUGGAUCAGAUCUCGGGAACUGGCCUUAAUGAGUACAACCUGUACGCCCCUUGUGAAGUGCCCACAUUUGGUGGUUAUAUUUACAACAACGACUCUUUUGUCUACAGUCUGCCAAGCCUCUCGCAUCAGAAUCACCCAAUGAUAAUUGAGAAAUUGAAUCAACUCAAGUUACGUAAGCAGUUUGAGGAGUCAGUGAGGAUCACACCACCGUGCCUAGACUACGGAUACGUGAUUAGUUACAUGAACACGGAGGAGGUGCGCGCAGCACUCCAUAUCUCACCAUUCGCCCAGGACUGGGAUGUGUGCAGUGAUGAUGUUGGAGGCAGCUAUGUGACGCUGUACAGAGAUGUGACCCAAUUUUAUCAAAAGGUUUUAGCAGCAGGGAAAACCGUGUUAGUGUACAAUGGUGAUGUGGACAUGGCGUGUAACUUCCUUGGAGACGAAUGGUUUGUGGAGGACCUGGGCUUACCUGUAGUGAAGCAGCGCGGUCCCUGGUACGUGAAGGAUGCCUCUGGACAGAGACAGGUGGCAGGCUUCACCAAGCAGUUCAAACAACUCACUCUCACCACUAUACGGGGUGCAGGUCACAUGGUGCCACAAGACGCCCCUCAGGCGGCCCUGGAGAUGUUCAGUAGCUUCCUUUAUCAGUAGACGCCAUACAGGGACUGUGGAAUAGUCAGCAUUUGUUACCAUGGAAACAGAAAUGUGAAACCUCAGGUGACAAGUUCAGGAAAUGUUGAACAGUCAACGAUGGUUUUCAUAGAAACAAUCUGUAAUAUAUAAUUGAAAGCUGUAGAGGAAAUGUGAAACAUCCAGCAUUUGUUAAAAUGGAAGCAAAAAUGUACAUUAUCAGUAACUCAAUCCAGGAGAUGUCAUACAAGAACUGUUGAAUAUUCAGCUUUUGUUGAUAUGGUAACAAGGAUGAUAAAGAUAAAAAAUGUCUAAUCAUUUGGUGGCCAAAAUAAAACACAUUAGUACCGGUAAUUAGUACAUCUGCCAGUUGAUGCACAGGAAAUGUUGAAUGUUGUUUGUUAGCUUGUGUGAUCUGUGAUCGAUCAACUUCAUUUCCCAUUAUUUAUUCAUUUUAGACUGUUUAGUAUUGUUCUUUAUUUUUUCUAUUGGUAUUGAAUUAUACACAUGCAUUGCCAUAUCAUUGAUUAUGUGGUAUUGUUUUCCAGAAAUCCACAAUAAAAUUAGUCUACAUUAGCUUUUGUAUACAUGAAAAACUAUACAGAGAAUACUAUGUUAGUGUGAUUGUGUACUUAAAUUUAUCCACGAAUGAAGAAAGGUUUACAUGGCGAGGCUUGCUUAAAUUAAAUGUAUUCAUUUUAGAAAAAUUCACCGUUCCAUAUAACAUGUGUAUAUAUUGCAUUAGCAGAAAACAUAAUUCUUUGCAAUAUAUAUGGUUUUGUUUCUAUAUUUAUUAUUAAACAAACUUGUUUACAAAUGUUUAGCAAAUUGUUUUAAGAAAUAAAUUGUGUCCCUUACUCUCAUAGUAUUGGUCCUCCUCAUUGUAUUGUGCCUUUAACGAAAAACCUUCAAGAAGUGCUGGAAAGUUAAUGUUGUUUCAAUUUUUAAAAGUGGUAAUUUAUUUGAAGGUUAUCCAUGACUAUUAUGAUGAUCAUUCUCAUAAUUCCAGUGUUCGUUGAAAAGAAGGCUAUGUUUAUUCCAGGGUGAUGCUAUGGUUUUUUAUUACGUAACACACAAUUUUGUUAGUUUGUUUAUGGAUUAAUAGUGGCUAUAUCAAAUGUUUUAUAUGCCGCUUAUUUUUGAAUAAAAUGUAACACUAUUUAAAUAAAACAACUUGAGCAAGA